GAGCUGCUAGCAGCUCGCGCGAAAUGGUUAGUUGUGGCAGAUAACUGUUUUACACCCUGGGGCUGGGCCUUGGAAAAGGAGACUCCUCCCGGAGAGGAGACAGAAAGUGGCCACAAGACCCAGGCCUGGCAAGGAAGGGACUUGGGGCCACUGCCCGCCACUGGAGAUUUGGGUGGUUCUGUGGACCACUGUGAGGUCAUCUCACACAUCAGUGGUGAUUGUGACAUAACAUCAAGCUGGGUUUAGUCUGGGUUCGAAUUUGAAAGAUAGGUAAGGAGCCGCAAAUACCUUCAUCAGUUGCCCAAGGGGUCACCGGAAGUACAACUACCUGCUCUGGCCAGGGUCCCUCCAGGACAGCAUCUAUUUAAGGAUACUUCGGUCUCUGGUGGUGACGAUGUAGGUGAAAGUUAAAUUCUUGAUAGAAGUACAUUUCUGCAUUGGUAAGUCUUUUCAUCAAAAAACUGAGAAAAGUGCAUGGCUCAAAUAAAGUCAAGAUAAAACAGUAACAGUCAACCCUAUGGCUGUUGCAGAUGGACCAUCCACUUUGGACCCAGGCUGUCUGAAAUGAACUAAGGAAAUAACACUCAGUUUUUUAGAAAUGCAGGUUUAGCCCCCACACACACAUGCACAUACACACACAAAAAAAUAUUACAUCAUAGUCAUUGAAAAGAUAGAAAGAAGGGUUCCAUCUCAGAUUCAAAUAUCUCUGUAUUUUAGUAACUAGAUCGCUUGUUUCAUUUGUUAUUAAGAAGCAAGAACUACCCUUUACUGUGUAGAACCCAAGAAAAUCUGCUUCAAUACGUAUAUCUCUCGGUUAGUGGACGCUUUGUCAGAUUCAUGGCAUUCACCAAUUACAGCAGUCUUAACCGAGCUCAACUAACCUUUGAAUAUCUACACACAAAUUCAACCACUCAUGAAUUUUUGUUCGGAGCCCUUGCUGAGCUGGUUGAUAAUGCGAGAGAUGCCGACGCCACCCGAAUCGAUAUCUAUGCUGAAAGGCGUGAGGAACUGCAAGGUGGAUUCAUGCUAUGUUUUCUGGAUAAUGGAGUGGGAAUGGAUCCAAAUGAUGCCAUCAGUGUGAUCCAAUUCGGGAAAUCAGGGAAACGAACAACAGAGGCCACACAGAUUGGGCGCUAUGGGAAUGGGCUCAAAUCGGGUUCAAUGCGCAUUGGGAAGGAUUUUAUCCUCUUCACCAAGAAGGAAGACACCAUGAGCUGCCUCUUCCUGUCUCGAACCUUUCAUGAGGAAGAAGGCAUUGAUGAAGUGAUAGUCCCAUUGCCCACCUGGAAUACGCAGACACGAGAACCUAUCACAGACAACCUGGAGAAGUUUGCCAUUGAGACAGAACUCAUCUACAAGUACUCUCCUUUCCACACCGAGGGAGAAGUGAUGACCCAGUUCAUGAAGAUAUCUGGGAAUAGUGGGACCCUGGUGAUCAUCUUUAAUCUCAAGCUCAUGGACAACGGAGAGCCAGAACUAGACAUAAUCUCAAACCCAAAAGACAUCCGGAUGGCAGAUCUGUCCCAAGAAGGCGUGAAGCCAGAGCGCCACUCCUUCUGUGCCUAUGCUGCUGUGCUUUACAUUGAUCCUCGGAUGAGGAUUUUCAUUCAUGGGCACAAGGUGCGGACCAAAAAGCUCGCCUGCUGCCUGUACAAGCCCCGGAAGUACACAUUCACGUCAAGCCGUUUCAAGACCCGGGCAGAGCAAGAGGUGAAGAAAGCAGACCAGGUAGCACGACUUGCCGAAGAAAGGGCUCGGGAAGCGGAGAGCAAAGCUCGUGCGUUAGAAGCACACAUCGGUAAGGACAUCUCACGGGACUCCAGGGUGAUGUUGCGGCAGGUCCAGAAUACAGCCAUCACCCUUCGAAGGGAAGCUGAUGUCAAGAAAAGGAUCAAGGAUGCCAAGCAGCGAGCACUCAAAGAACCUAAGGAACUGAAUUUUGUUUUUGGGGUCAACAUUGAACACCGUGACCACGAUGGCAUGUUUAUCUACAACUGUAGCCGCCUAAUCAAGAUGUAUGAGAAAGUGGGCCCGCAGCUGGAAAAGGGCAUGACAUGUGGUGGGGUUGUUGGGGUCAUCGAUGUGCCCUACUUGGUCCUGGAGCCUACACACAACAAGCAAGACUUUGCUGAUGCCAAGGAGUACCGCCACCUACUGCGGGCCAUGGGGGAGCACCUGGCACAAUACUGGAAGGACAUAGCCAUUGCCCAGGGUGGAAUCACUAAGUUCUGGGAUGAGUUUGGCUACCUCUCUGCCAACUGGGCCCGGCCCCCAUCGGAUGAGCUGCAUUUCAAACGCAGGAGGUCGAUGCAGGUCCCAACCACCAUACAGUGCGAUCUGUGUCUGAAGUGGAGGACCCUUCCCUUCCAGUUAAGUGUUGUAGAAAAAGGCUAUCCAGACAACUGGGUUUGCGCCAUGAACCCUGAUUCUGAACAGGACCAGUGCGAGGCUUUUGAACCAAAGCAGAAGAUUCCUAUCGGAAUAUUUAAAAAGGCUCGAAAGACACAAGAAGAAAGGCAGAAGCAGCUGACAGAGAGUAUUUGCCAACAGCAGAGGAAGCUUAAGGCCCUUGAGAAAACCAAACCCAUCUGUUGCCGAGGUGACCUGAAAAAAUUACCCUUGGAAUUGACCUCCAGACCUGUCACCAAAUGUGCUACUCAGAGCCUUCAACCACCUUUGUGUGGAGUGAACAAGAAUGCUCAAAGAAUAACCCAGCCCACAUAUGCUCCUAGACCAUCCAGACAGCUCCAAGAGGCUUCUGUCUUCUGCACCAACCCCACCUCUCCUGCUCCAACAGCACAAAGGGAGGCCAUCCUGCUCUACCCACCUGAGAUACCCCCAAAACCAGUGAGGCCCCUGGUCAAAACUGUACCCCAGCCCACUCCUCUGGUCCAGUCCUCACUGUCAAUGCCUGUAGUCCCUAACUUCAACCACCUUUGCAAGGUGGAAACCCCUGAAGCCAUGAAGACUCCGGUGCUGGAGAGCCCAGAUCCACCCAUAAAUCCUUCACCAGUGUGGUGGGAUCGUAAACGGAGUCUUGAGACCUCUGAGGAAGAGGCUGAGGAGAGAAGGAUGGAGUCACACAAACGGAGCAGGUUGACUGUGAAGGAGGAAAAGAUGCCCGCAAACGAACUCUCAGACAGUUCUGAGGAGGAGGGUCCAGCUGACCUCAAGACAACUCAUCAGGAUAAAGGUCUGUACGUGGAGGUGCGGGUGAAAGGGGAGUGCUACAAGGGUCACGUCACAGCCGUGGAGGAGGGAGACAAUGCAGUCUGGUGGAAGGUCAAGUUUGAGGAUGUGCCCGAGGAUACUACACCAGGAAACUGCUGGGUCAAAAAAGGCAGUGAAAAUGUGUGGCUGACGAAGCUAUCUCCAGAGUAUCAGAGCGCUGAUUGGCAGCAAGAGGGUGUGAAGGAGGAGGGCAACACCGUGGACCAACAGGCUGUGGCGUUAGAGGGGACCUCCACCUCUGACUGCUUCCGCACUGAACCCGACACCACUGCUCUAAAGGCCAACCACGAGACCAAUGACCUCCUGGUCCAGAUUCUCUGGAACUGCUUACGUUAUUUCAUGCCUCUGAGCUUUUCCAUAUCCAAAAAGGAGCUGGGUGCUAUGAAUUCAGAAGAAUUGCUGUCUCUUCCUCUGAAAGAGUGCUUCAAGCAAUAUGAGGCCGGGCUCCAGAAUCUCUGUAAUUCCUACCAAAGCUGCGCCGACUCAAGAGCCAAGGCGUCCGAGGAGAGCCUGCGCAUCUCCCAGGAGAAACUCAGAGAGACAGAGGAGAAACUCCAGAAACUUCGGACCAACGUUCUGGCACUCCUGCAGAAAGCACAAGAGGACCUUAACAUCAGCACAGAUGACGAGCUGGAUGCCUACAUUGAGGAUCUCAUUACCAGUGAAGAAAGGGAGACUAGGGAACAGAUCAGCACCCCCUACUCAACACAGGAGCUUCCAGGCAGGCAGGAUUCAUGAAUUGGUUUGAUUCAUGUGGGACAGCACCUUUGGGAGGGAAAGAGACUCUGUCUGAUUCUUUGAAUCUUCCUCCCCUGAAUUUAUAAAUAUUUCUUUUUUAGA